AGGUAUUUCAUAAUAUAAAUCAAUAUAGUUAAAGUGUAUGUACAUAGGAUAACGUGAUCGAAUGAAAAUGACUCGGUCAAGAACUACAGAGUCCUUAGGAAUAUUAGAACAGCUCAGCACAAAUGCCGCUACGACCACAACUCGGACGACAACAGCUGCCAACGUGGUGUCCGUCGCCAAGUCUAGCUCGGGCGGGAACAAAAGACCUCCCAUCAUCAUAUAUCCUACAGUUACACCCGAAUCAAUAGUUGUACCGAUUGUUUCGUGUAUAUUUGGUUUCCCGUUGCUCGCGUUAACAGUUAUCUGUUGCCUCAGACGGAGAGCGAAAUUAGCAAGAGAACGCGCAAGACGUCGUAAUUGUGAGUUGGACAGAGGAGAGCUGUCCGUGGUGCGGCUGUCCCCUGUGAAGAAUCGUGCGCGAGCCGUGAGCUUGGUCCGCUCGCCGCGCCCUCUACCUACCCUAGAACUGGACACGGUGCUUGAAGAACGUUCAGACCCCGAGCAGACAACACUAUCACAAGUUGACAUAACACCGGACCGUGAGGUGGGCACGAUACUGUUUGGUGCGAUGGGCGCGGUGGGCACAGCGGCAGCAGCAGCGGCGGCGUGCGCGCGUGACAUCUAGCGGCGCGACUCGGCCCAGCUCGGCGCACGCUCGCCGCUCUGGGCCGCACUCACCAGCCAACCUCUCGACGAGGAGGACGUGGAGGAGGCGUCCAUUAGCUGCGACAGCUAGCAAGAAAUUGAAGAACAUACCGUUGUCGAUAUCGGCAAACGUAUGAAACUGUUCUUGGACAUUCCACUCAGAUUUUAAUCUAUUGCUGUGUAAAUAAGUGCUAAGGCUAUUUCGAUUUGAUCGUCAAUAUACG